GCUCGUAAGAACCAAAGAGACCAAAGUGAAAACCGAGAAGCGUUCAUCUGAUGCAUACAGCAACUCUGAUGUCUGGCUCUGUUGUCUGGGUUGUAUCGCCCAAGGAGAGCAUCAGGUGCUCGUUGCUGAACCAGUUCAUAGAGGUGAAGAGGCGGAGCUGGAGGAGAAGCAGCGUGGCGUGGAGCUUUUCUCGGCCGGCGCCCACCUCAGGGCACUCGGUGCCCGCCAGCCUGGUCGUGACGCCGCCGAGGACCUCCGAGGAGCUGGUCUACGAGGUGGUCCUCAGGCAGGCGGCGCUGGUGGGCGAGACGAAGAGGAAGAGGCCGGCGACGGUGCAGCUCCCGCCGGUUCCUCUGCGAGGGGACCUCCUUUACGAGGCGUACGAGCGGUGCGGCGAGGUCUGCGCUGAGUAUGCCAAGAAUUUCUACUUGGGAACAUUGCUUAUGACUCCAGAGAGGAGAAGGGCUAUUUGGGCAAUCGAUGUGUGGUGCAGAAGAACUGACGAACUUGUCGAUGGACCCAAUGCUUCCCACAUGACACCCACUGCUCUGGAUCGGUGGCAGCACAGAUUGGAAGAUCUAUUCAAUGGCCGCCCAUACGAUAUGUAUGAUGCGGCUCUGUCAGACACAGUAUCGAAGUUCCCAGUGGACAUUCAGCCCUUCAAGGCCAUGGUAGAUGGAAUGAGAAUGGACCUGUGGAAAUCAAGAUACAACAACUUCGAUGAGCUCUAUCUCUACUGCUACUAUGUAGCUGGCACAGUGGGGCUGAUGAGUGUGCCAGUGAUGGGGAUUGCCCCAGAUUCGAAGGCCUCGACCGAGAGCGUCUACAACGCAGCCUUGGCUCUUGGCAUUGCCAAUCAGCUAACCAACAUACUAAGGGAUGUUGGAGAAGAUGCUAGGAGGGGGAGAAUCUACCUUCCGCAGGAUGAAUUGGCACAAGCUGGUCUAUCAGAUGAUGACAUCUUCAAAGGAAGAGUGACAGACAAAUGGAGGAGCUUCAUGAAGGGACAGAUUAGGCGAGCCAGGAUGUUCUUUGAGGAGGCCGAGAAGGGCAUAUACGAGCUGAAUUCAGCUAGCAGAUGGCCGGUUUUGGCUUCUCUGCUGCUAUAUCGACAGAUCCUUGACGCCAUCGAAGCAAAUGACUACAACAACUUCACAAGGCGUGCAUAUGUAGGAAUAGCAAAGAAACUGGCUUCAUUGCCCAUAGCAUAUGCCAGGGCACUUCGGGGCCCUUCCAGGUUUACAGGAGCAACAAGGACAUAAUGUUCACUUCCUCUCUCUACUCCCUCAGCACAAAGAUGUAUUUUUGUGUCACCAUUUUACUUGUGGUGAAAUCAAACAACUCCCAUCAUUUUUGUUUCUUUUGUACUUGAUUGGUUCUGAAUCCAUAUCAUAGUAGCUGUCAAUCUCA